AUGCACCUAAAUGUACAAUCAAUCAAAAACAAAAUAGAUGAAAUUGAUAUGUUCCUAAGUUCAAACCCAUGUCAUGUUUUCUGUGUAAAUGAACACUGGCUGUCACCAGCUGAAAUUGCCCUGUAUACCCCAGAAGGAUUUGAAUUAGUAAGCUCAUAUUGUAGAACCAAAAGUAGUCAUGGAGGAGUCGCUAUUUUUAUAAAGAGAAACUCUAACAUUGAAUAUGUAGCACAAAAAGUCGACCAUUUUUGCAAAGAGCAACUUUUUGAAAUUGCUGCAUUAUUGCUUCCCAAACUUAAAUUAGUGAUCAUCUCUAUUUAUCGCACUCCUAGCUCUGAUAUUCAUCAGUUUAUUGACCAAAUGGAGACUUUAAAUAAGGACCUGCUGGUAAAAUACAGACACCACAAGAUAGCAUACAUUGGUGACAUUAAUAUAGACAUUCGACUAAAAACACCAACUGUCACACACUUUCAAAACAUGUUAAGGUCUAACAACUUGUACUGUAUGAAUAACAAGCCAACCAGAUUAGAUGCCUGCCUAGAUAACAUAAUCUCCAAUUUGACAAAAGACGAGUGUCAGUACGGAGUGAUAAAUCCAGUUUUAUCUGACCAUGACAGCCUAUGGCUAAUGAUCAACUGUGAAAACUAUCCUACUCAGCAACCUGAACACAUUAAGAGGAUCAGACUAUUAUAUCCUGACAACAUUACAAAGUUAAGGCAAAAAUUAUCAGAAGUUGAGUGGGACAGAGUAUAUAAUUGUAAUAGCAACGGUAAUGCUUUUAACUUAUUCAUGAACAUACUAACAAGCUUAGUUCAAAACUGUUGCCCACAAAUAAUCAAAAAGAUGAAAACAGAUGGUGCACCAAAUAGAAAAAAGAAGCACAACUGGUUCACUCCUGAACUGCAUGACCUGAGAAACACACUUAUUGCCCUACAUAAAAUGGCUAAAACUGGUAACCUAGAAUCGAAGCAGAGGUAUAAAGAAGCCAGGAAGAAUUAUAGAACUGAAAUACAGAUGGCAAAGCAGAGAGCCAAUGAUGCUUUCAUUGAAAACUCCAGCAACAAAUGCAAAGCAGCCUGGCAGAAUGCUGAUUAUCAGACAAAAAUGGAGGAACAAGAUGAAAAUAAUAGUAUUGUAGAAGUUGGAGAUGAGGAAAGUAUUAUUAUAAGUGAUGUUUAUGCUGUUGAAGUCAAUAUUGGUACUUACAAUGAAAUGAAGGAAGAUGAUGAUUGGAAUUUAAGUACUGAUGAUGAUGAUGAUGAUAUUCGGAGGGACGUGCUGUUUGGGAUGAUACAGUUACUUUUUGUGAUACUGUCUGAUCCAUUAUCACCACAAUCUCCCACUCAUACGUGUUUUCGACCAGACCUCACAGCAUACUCCAAUGACAGCCUUUAA